GUCGAGACGCGCCCUGCACCCUGUAGCCUAAACAACACCGGCGUGUUUGUCUCGAGCGGGGCGGAGGUGAUAUCCCGAUCCGCUCGGCUGCAGGAAGGAGAGCUGGACGCUGGGAUGCAGAGAGAGGCUGCGGGAGGCUGACCAACACCGACCAGGACCCACCAGGGACGGACUGCUGAGCGGAGCGCGUGCUGGUAAGCGCCAUCCCGGCUCCACCUGUCAUCACCUGCAGUGGGGCUGAGGCUGCGGACAUGUCUCCCUCCUCUGGACAGUACCGAUCCGCAUCUCAUUGUUCUGACUCCAGCUUCAUGUUUUCUACCACAGCAUCCUUCUUUUUAAUCUCAUGAACGAACAGCUGUUAGUUCAUUCACGCUGGAACAGGCAAACAGCGACGUUUUCCCUUCAAACUUCAUUUAGUCCGUCAUUUAUUUAAAAAAACUUUGUUCCGCUCCUCAUUUUAUUCAUGUUAUCAUUCUGCUUUGUAACAUCUUGCUCCGUGUUUGUAGAGAACCACAUUUCAUGUGAUAAAAUUAAAAUUACAACCCAGAAUAAGUUUUCUUAGCCGCGUGUAAAUUGUAAAUAUGGGAAAACUGCUCUUUUAAUCUAAAACGAAUCCGUGGUUAUAUUCAGAUAUUCUGCUUUGUUGUUGUUUUUUUACGACUGCUUGUUGUUUUCUAAUGAUAAUGAGAACCAGCUCCGAUGAAUGCGGCUCUUUCUGCACUGCGACAUUCAUUUGCAGUGAAGUCAUUGUUCCCAUGCUGGGCUUGGUGAAAAGCCCACAAAUGACAUUUCUCUGAAACGCUUUCGCUUUUUCCCGUGAACUGGCCCUACAGUGUGUCUGAGGACUUUUAUCCCUGCCGAGCCGCCGUAGCGAUGGGAGAUAACAUGUCAAAGAGACUAAAGUUGAUCUCAGCUACAGAGGCAGAGAUGGAGGAGCGCUCCUUCUCCAACCCCUACCCGGACUGGGACCAGGGCGUCCUCACCGCGGACGCCGGAGCAGACGUGCAAGUCAAUGAGCCGUUCAAUGCCGACGGAAAGGUUAGUGCAGCUUUCCAGAAAAAAGUCCAAAGCAAGAUGAAAGACCUGCUCCAGCAGAUGGAGGAGGGGCUGAAGACUGCCGACCCCCACGACUUCUCCACCUACACUGGGUGGACAGGUAUUGCCUUGCUGUACCUUCAGCUGCAUUGGGUCACCCACGAGGCCUCCCACCUGCAGAGGGCGCUGGACUAUGUCAAGCGAGCCAUGCGGUGCUUAAACGGCCGCAAAGUGACUUUCCUGUGCGGUGACGCAGGGCCUCUGGCUGUCGCUGCCGUCGUCCAUCACAAGCUGAACAACGCUGCAGAAAGCAUGGACUGCGUGUCCAGGCUUCUCCAGCUGCAGCGCUCAGUUCUGAGUCCGGAUGCUGAGAUGCCAGAUGAGUUGCUGUACGGCCGGGCUGGAUACCUGUACGCUCUGCUUUACAUCAACAAAGAGAUCGCAGCUGAUAUUGUGGAUGAGACCACGAUUACAAAGGUUGUGACGUCCAUUGUGGAAUCCGGGAAAAACAUGUCGGCUCAGCAGAAGAAGACGGACCGCUGCCCCCUCCUCUAUGAGUGGCACAAGAAGCAGUACAUCGGAGCUGCCCACGGCCUGGCUGGCAUCUACUGCAUGCUGAUGCAGCCUGGAGCCAGGGUCCAUCCAGACCUGCUGUCCGAGCUGCUGCGUCCCAGCAUCGACUACGUCCGCCACAAGAGGUUUCGAUCCGGGAACUUCCCGUCAUCACUGAGCAACGAGAGCGACCGACUGGUGCACUGGUGCCACGGAGCGCCUGGAGUCGUCCACAUGCUCAUCAUGGCCCAUAAGGUGUUUAAAGAGGAGAAGUACUUGAAGGAGGCUGUGGAAUGUUCGGAGGUGAUCUGGCAGCGGGGUCUGCUCAGAAAAGGCUACGGUAUCUGCCACGGCACCGCCGGAAACGGCUAUGCGUUCCUGGCCCUGUACAAGCUCACCCAGGAGAAGAAAUACCUGUAUCGUGCCUGCAAGUUUGCUGAGUGGUGUUUGGACUACGGGACUCACGGCUGUCGCAUCCCAGACAGGCCGUACUCUCUUUUUGAAGGUAUGGGCUGGAGCCAUCCAAUUACCAUGUCCAGAGAUGGAGACCCCUGAUGCCUCCUGCUUCCCUGCCUUUUGAACUUUGAGCUGCCAGGUGUUGUAUGUGAGGAUGAUGACGGAGGAGAGGUGCAGGGAGCAGAUGUUUUACUGGGUCACUGGCCUCGGGUGGUCAGGCUGAGGCAGAUGACCAGACUGGAGACGAACUGGAUGAAAGAUCGGGAAGGACGGUGUGAUUGGAUUCUGACCCACCAGGAGUCUCUGUCCUGCAGGGCAGAUAUAUGGACCCUGCGGUGGUGUCAGCAGGCAGCAAGCAGCCUGAACACUCAGACAUUAACAUCGUAGCGCUGGGCCAGAAACAGGGUGUGUAAAGGGACGGUGUUUAGGUAUCGCUACGCCUCUGCAUGCUCCGUCUUAUUGACUCUCGGUGCCUGCUUUCCUGUGUUUGUCGUGUUUUUGAGGGUUUCAGUUGUGCAGGUGUUUGUGCUCUCAUCUCUAAUUUAAUGAUCUGGUCCUCUUCUUGUCUGAUGCAUGACGUGAAUGAUCCAGGUUUUUCCAUGGUUUCCACCUGGGAGCCGGGGCUUCCAGGAGACUCGCGUGUUAGGUUUCUGGUUGUGUCUUUAACUUCCCUGCCAGUGGUCUUCGGUUGAAUCUAGACUCACGUCACACGGGGACGGCUAAUUUCACCUGCAGUGUCACAAGUGUAAUGACUCAUAAUAAAAUUCCUCAUUUUGCUUUCGCUGUUCUAUUAAAAUCUAGUUCUGUCUUUCA